AUGUUCAAUCGAAGAGCGCAGUUAGGCACCAUCCUACUGGUAUCGCUUGCAGCACAUCUCGGAUUCUGCGAAGGUAUGUCUUUCCAACAACAAAUCUCAAGUGGUUUUUCUCCCGAGCGCGGCUCGAAUUUCGGGCAGUAGAAAUCAGAUUCGCAAAUCCAUUAACCUAGAAAAAACCACUCGUUUUUUUCUCGGGGAAUGGAUGGGCUAAUGUUUCAAAGUCUUCGGCCCAUAUAUGUAGUGUCGCCCUUAUUGUCGCACACUCCGAUUAGAAAAGAGAUUAAGUGUGCGGAAAGACAGAAGCCAACUCUCUCUCUCUCUCCCUCUCUCUCUCGAAAACGAUUCUCAGUCAUGACUCUUCAUUUAUGCACACCAAAAGUGGGUUCUCAGCUCGUUUGCUGACUAUAGUGUAAAAAGAUUCGAUUAUCGUUUGGACGGCGCUGCCAUCUGCCCUUUUGGCUCGCAAGCUCCUUGUCCGAACCGCCAAGAAAAGAAAUGUUGAGAAAACAAUGAGGACCCUUUUGCCAAAUGAGGAAGAGAGAGAGGGACGUUCUUUCGUCGCCUACGAUUCGUUCUCAAGUACCCGUCAUUGUGAUGCUAAUCUGUUAAAACAAUACGUCUUUUUGCAAAGGCGGUCGGGAGUGCGGUCAAUGUGUAAUUGAAAAUAAGAAACAGUGGCGAGUGAGCGGCCACCCCGUCUCCGCUCGUGUGCAAGUCAAGUCAUUUUGCAAAGUGACAAAUUGAGCAGAUUGUGGCUGUCAGUGACCACUUCCUCGCCCAUCUCCAUUUGUUCUUACGGGGGUGAUUCAUGGGACACAAAACUAUUUCGAUAUGCAACGGACUCCUUCCCCAACUUGAGCGCAUCAUCUUUCAAAGUCAAUCAUUAGCAUAAGGUUGGUUGCGGAUGAGUGCGGAUGGAUCUGUGGCCGCUUGCUUCGUCUGAAUGCCCAAGGGGCCAUCGGCUGAUUAUUAAUGAGCUGUUGGCGCCCGCCCAUGUUUUAGCAGCUUUCAACACCAUUGUUGCGAAAGAAUUCCGAAGGGGGAGUUGUGAAAUUGGGUGCUGACAAGCCAACAUUUUGUGAUAGAUUCUGAUGAAAGCGGGGGACGUGGUGAAGGUUAACUCGGCCGUCAAACAACGAUGCAUUUGUUCAUGGAUAGUUUACUCUCAUUUUGACACGCUAGGUUGAAAGGCCACACUGGCUAAUUGGGUGCAAGGGUGGUGGUCGAUUCCGGAAAGCGACAUGACAUGCCAAUUUCUAAUUGAACAAAACAGCCAACCCUUCUUGCUUGUAAACAAGAGUCCCGGGAAACACUUGAACGACAUGUCGUUGCUGAAAUUUUCAUUAAGUGCAUUGUGAAGAGAGCCAUUCGAUUGUCGAGAGCGUGUUGAUGAAACCACCAAAAACAAGCGUGUCUUCUUCUAUACGGAAUACUUUCUUGACUUUAAAAUAUUGAUAUCGGGGACAUCAUGCACGUCAUGCUAAUAAGGGGGUUUAGAUACCUUAUCCCGUACAAGAAAUGGUUAGAGGUCAAUGGUGACCACUUAUUACGCAACUUUUCUCUCCAUAAACGCGUAGCGAUGCCCUAUCUUGGACGUGUUUGGAAUCGCAUAAAUUUAAUGAAAAGAUCGUGUCUCCAUAGGUUUAUUACCGACUAUCAAGGACAUAUCGCACCAAAAAAGGUGUUCGUUUCAUCACCUAAUGCAGAUGUGAUAGAAUCGAGCGUGCCUGCCUGACAGGAUUGAUUUAAUGCACUGUGGCACGCGUUUCCUUUCUUAUUUAGACUGUCAAGACGGAUAAUAUCACAUUUGCGGCGGUGAUAUAUGGGAAAAAAAAUGAAUAGAAUGAAUGGGAACAUAGAAUAUCUCAAGAUCUUACUAAAGGGACAUUAUUUGCAGAUACCUCCUCAAACCUUGCGCCAGUGAUCACGGAACACCCAUUAGAUGUCGUUGUUUCGCGAGGCUCUCCGGCCACGUUGAACUGCGGAGCAAAGCCGGCGACGGCCAAGAUCACGUGGUACAAGGAUGGACAACCGGUCGUCACUAACAAAGAACAGGUGAACAGCCAUCGGAUAGUGCUGGACACUGGUUCCCUGUUUUUGUUGAAAGUUAAUAGCGGAAAGAAUGGAAAGGACAGCGAUGCCGGAGCAUAUUACUGUGUUGCCAGCAACGAGCACGGAGAAGUGAAGUCGAAUGAGGGAUCGCUGCGAUUGGCAAUGCUUCGAGAAGACUUCCGCGUCCGUCCCAGAACCGUUCAGGUACUAUCCAAAUCCUUUCACUGUUUUUCAAAUGCAUUUUUCAGGCUCUCGGAGGAGAAAUGGCUGUUUUGGAGUGUAGUCCACCUCGUGGCUUCCCAGAACCGGUGGUCAGUUGGCGAAAAGACGACAAGGAGCUCCGUAUCCAAGACAUGCCCCGAUAUACCCUUCGUGCCGACGGGAAUCUCGUCAUUGAACCGGUCGAUCGUAGCGACUCUGGAACUUACCAGUGUGUGGCCAACAACAUGGUCGGCGAACGAGUUUCCAAUCCGGCAAGAUUGAGUGUCUUUGAGAAACCGAAAUUUGAGGCAAGUUUCUUUUCCAUUUUCCAAAACGAUUGACUCGAUGGGAAUUAAUCUAAAUCGCUCUCAAGGUUGGCAAAGUUUCAUUGCAAAAUGAGCGGCCGAUCGGCGAAUAAAAUAGCAACCUGGUGGGUGGGGGGACUUUCCUGAAUUAAGAACUAAUUGGUGAUGAAUGUGUUUUUUUUUUCAGCAAGAGCCCAAGGACAUGACUGUCGACGUCGGAGCAGCCGUUUUGUUCGACUGCCGAGUAACAGGAGAUCCGCAGCCCCAAAUCACUUGGAAACGGAAAAAUGAGCCGAUGCCAGUGACGCGCGCCUACAUUGCCAAGGACAAUCGGGGAUUGAGGAUCGAAAGGUAGUGGGAGAAAGUUGAGAACAGAUAUUAUCUUGUUGCCGGAUCCCGGAUUUCCUUUUUAUCUUCAAAGGCAUCCGUCCGUAAUAUAAUAAGUGUUUUCGGAGAUAUUCGCAUAAUUUAUAAUCGCUUUAUGAAUAAAACGACGGAAAGUUUCCAAAGGACAAUCUGGUCGGAUAGCCAGUAUUUCCUAAAUCGGGUUACUGCAAUCGACAUCAGACACUGAAUAAAUAUAAUAUUAUGAAACAAAAAAUUUUCAGAGUACAACCGUCGGACGAAGGAGAGUACGUUUGCUAUGCUCGCAACCCGGCUGGAACCUUGGAAGCUUCGGCUCAUCUUCGUGUCCAAGCACCGCCGUCCUUCCAGACGAAACCGCAAGAUCAGUCUGUUCCAGCUGGAAGCACGGCUACUUUUGAGUGCGCUCUGGUCGGCCAGCCGAGUCCCGCUUACUUUUGGAGCAAGGAAGGACAACAGGACCUUCUGUUCCCGAGCUACGUGUCUGCCGACGGACGGACGAAGGUUUCGCCGAUAGGAACGCUGACAAUCGAAGACGUCCGACAAGUGGAUGAGGGCGCGUACGUCUGUGCUGGAAUGAACUCUGCUGGAAGCUCUCUGAGCAAAGCGUCACUGAAAGUAACUACUAAAGGUGAGUCAAAUAUUUUGCAGAUCAUUUUUUUAGAAGUCAAACCACAGAGCCUGCAAGAAGAAAUCGCUCAGUUGAUUAGCAUAACUUGUUUCCAAACCCAACCGCGCAGCCAUUUUGUCUCUUUCCGGCAGCAUCCCAUUUCUUCAUUGUUUCUAUUUAGGGAGAGGGGGCCUAGAUGCAGUUGCAUGCCAAUUGAAAAUUCAACUUUUGACGUGUUUCAUGUGAGCCUCAUGCAGACCUUCGAAAAAUGUUUCAUUUCCAUUCUUGUUUUCCUUCUCCAAAACGUCCCUCGAAUUCUACUGAAGCAACAACCUAGAUAGCUUCGUUCCUCCGUUAUGACGAUUUGAAUAGGAUUCGAAAAACCAACAAUCGAAUGGGGUGACCUUGUGGGCGCCGGCCACAAUGAUGUUCAGAAUGAUUGAGUUUUUUGGCGAAAAAAAAACGUGGAAGCAAUUGGUGUGUGGACGUUCGGAAUAAGAUGCCUUUCUACAUAUUUCCACCCUGUUUGGUUUUGAAGCGAAGCCCCAACAGACAUCCGCCGCAGCCGUAGUCCCGUAUAUCCCCUCCCCGUCCAUCGCGCUAAUCCAUUUCACACCCAACUGCCAUAGGUACUAGUAACCAUCCGGGAGGCAGGAUAAACAAAACAAACGACCGCCGAAAUGCUUUUAAUUUCUAGUCCCUCUUGCAUUUUUUGCUUUUGCUGCUUGAAAUCGUAUAGUUCUGAUUCCGCUCCUCUUCUGUUUCCCUUUUUCGCUUCAUUUUCAGACCGGUCUUUCGUUGGUGGAGUGAAGCGGAUAUAUGUCACGCUUGUUAGGGCAAGGGGUAAGCAGCUAGCAGCCAAAGUGCAUAAAUUAUUCGCACAAACGGUUUUUGUUUCAAUUUCAAGUUGACGACAUAGGCGGGAGAGGGUGAGGAAGUGAAGAAAAAUUUAGCGGAAGGAAAGAACCCGACGGAAAAUGAAAUUUAUGUAUGAAUUAAGCCUAAGACAACCCAAACCCAACCCGACCCGCUUUCGACCUAGUCUUUUGUCAACGUUUUUCUUGUAAAGGGUUGUGAAAAAAGUGACAUUGAGAAAGCGAAUGAUCCAUCUGUCAAUUGUCAAUCCAAUUCAAUCUGGCGUGAACGUGAACACCUGUCCUCAGGUGAACAUUUUCCAAUACGAAAUCAAAAUUUCUUGACACCCAUCCUUUUCGAAAUUCCUUCCUGUCCGGUGAUGACCCAAUCCUCCCACCAUAAGCAGCUCAUAAAUUAAUCAAAAUCACUCUCGAGAUGAUUUAUCGCCUUGCCCACGGAUGACGGUGGUGUCAAUCCAUGCCCACGCGAAACCAUUAGACAGCAGCUUGUACCAUAUUCACACGUUCCGGGCGUCACUGACCGCUAAAAGCCAGAUGCGCGCGAUUUUUCACACACGCAUUGGGGCUCCCACUCGACAGUUGACAAGUUGGCCUGGUGGUCGAACGCCUCCCGUCUCGGAUUGCCUUUUCUGCGCGACGAGGCUCAUUUUCGGAUUUGGCGACGAGAUCAGUUUUAUUCUGAAUGCACUCAUUCGAGCGUACUUCUAAUGCAUUCUUGUGACUGACGACUCGUCUAAUUAUUACCUGAGGCGUGUACGUACGUAGUCGUACAUGGUUCGGACUCCUUUCCCUCCCGUUUCACUUUUCAUGGCUUUGCAGUUUUUUCGCUGAAUCUUUCAUGAACUAUACUCGUUUUUUGAAUAGGGCGCGCAGGGAAUUGGAGAUGAACAAACGGCCUUUCUUGACAACAAAAUAGACUUUUCUUCUUAUUCUUCUUCUUCUUCCGGUCACUUUUUUCCGAACUAAAAUUUAUUUAGUUGAAUUUAAAUUUAUUAAGAAGGCUUCGCGAAAAAGUUUAACAUUUUUCAAUUUAAGGAAAAGUUAAAAAAGAAGAAAUGCCAUACGAUUAAUAUUAUUCUCAAACUUUAUGGGAUUAGAUUGCUCUUUUUCUUCUUUAGCUUUUCCGCCUUUUCAAUUUUCACUUUUUCUAAAGAAUUUCAAUACACCGGAAACAGUGAACCUAUCCAAAAAACAAGCAUCCGAAGAAAAAGAGAUCUUUUGGGUCAACAUUACACCCUCUCCUAUUCAGUCUUUCUUCUUCCCGGUCGACCGGAUGUUUUGGAAGAGCGAAAUGAAAUCCACAUGUGGUGACAGAAAUGGUUUACCAAUUACCGUCAACCAAUCUCAAAUUUCGAUAAGUGCAAUAAUUAUAGGUGGUGUGGGUGCCGAUGGCAGUCGGUGCGCCUCUGAACCCCUUCUUUGCGGAUGACCUUACUGUCACACAUAUUCCUUCCUAAUAAGCUCGUCCUCUUUCAACAUUUACAUAUUGUUUUCAUUCAUUUCCUGCGCUCGUGCGCGUCCUUGUGGUUCUCACAGUACAAAUGUUUUGGGAGUGCGAGUUGCAACCUGUUCUCCCCAUUUACGCGUUUUCCCUCGGCCCACUUCUUCUUCCGUACACAGUUAUCACCAAAAAAUAAACAAAAUUUGUGUCCUGAAUACGAUCUGUUUGCUGUAGCAAACGCCUAUUCAUUCAUUCAGCUAACGCGCUAAACGUAAAACCUCUUUUCCCUUCGAAUAACUUUUGAAAUCACAUGAAAACGAGGAGGAUUGAGUAAUUUUUGGCACAUUAUGUGUAUGUGUAAAAAUAUGAACGGCCAAGCGUGCCCGAACCAUUCGACUUUAUUGCAUUUCGUCGUCCUGCAUCUUUUCUGCUUUUCGUUUCACAACGGACGCCCAGUCCAGUAGCAAUAAAUUCGCUCCCCAAAAACCCUAUUAUCUUUUCUUUCGUUUACCAACAGUCGGUCUCCCCCCACCUCUUUUUUUCGUGUUUUUUUCUUCCUUCAUCUUCUCCAUUCCAUUUUGGCUGAUGACAGCACGAGCUCAAUUCAGAAGUAGUACUUGAAAACGGAGCUCUCCCACUUCCAUUUCCUUCGACGGGGCCUCAUCUCGGCUGCUCGCCUCCCCCACGGGAUGAUUGGAAAUAAUGCAUCCGAGACGCGUUUUUGCGACAUUUUCGCACACUAUUAUCAAAUGUUUCCCAUCCCAUCAGAGUGUGCGUGGACUUUUUCCAUCUUGCUCACUUCCGUACAUGUACAAUUUUGUGUCACAUUCCAAUUGCAAAUGGGACGGGCGAGAAGUAUCCUCUUGAAAUCUGAUCAUCAGAUAGAAUAUAUGAGUACACAUGUUUCUUUGACUUCUUUUCGGAAACGGGGAACUAAGAUUAGGACGUGUGAUUAAUGUGAACUUUUGAGAAGACGGACACGAAACGGAAAUGAGCGAGAAAAGAGCGGAAGACGUGAAUAUUUAUGAUUCUGUGGCUCUGAAAUUCAUCCUCAUGUUUGAAACUUUAAACGUUUCGACUCCCUUCCCCGAUUCUGUUCUUUUCAACUACUCGUUCCCGUUUAUCUCGAGGCUAUCGGACGAAAGCAUCGAAACCUGCCGGCUGUGCCUUUGUCGGUCUCAUAACUCAUCCGCAAUUCUCCGUCAAAAGCACCAUAUGACGUACAAACACAAAGGACAUAGUCCCUCCUCCCUUCGCGUCUCUCCGCCCGCAAUCGAGAUCACUCAAUUAAAACUCGCAACAUAAAUAUUGCGAACUGAUUUAUGAAUCAAUUUGUAAACGCGAGGCGCAGGGCGGUGCUCCUUUUUGCUGUGUUCCACGGCAGCGAUGUAAUAGGCCGACAUGUGUGCCCCACGGGAUGCGUAGCGGCGCCACUUAUCAUUAGACACCUCAAUCCCGCUGUCGGAAACCCCCUCUUUCACGCUUUCAUCUUUUUGGACCAAAAAUGCUUCCAUAUCAGUUGCAACUCCUUAUUCGAGGACUUGUUUACUAUACGAGCCGAUGUUGUUGUUCGGCCAAAAUAAUAUUUCGAACUGACCACACACACACACACACACACACAAGAAAACAUGGCCGUACAAUAUCUGUUUUCCCUCCACCACUUUGUUAUUUUCGAAAAAUGUCGCGCCCGUUAUCAGAUUCAAAUUACCUUUAUCUAUGAGUCAACAUCGAUGCAAGCUCAUUUCCCAUUUGUCUUUUCUUUCCACCCAAUCGUAAACAAUUGCAUUUUUCGUGCCCGGGAGGGUCUCACCACUCGUCCAGUGUCGUCGUCUACCCGGAAUUCUCUUAUUUCGUUUAGCUAGUCAAUCUGAAAAGUAAUGAUGCAAGAUGAAACCUUUUCAUGCGUGUGUCCCUGCGUAACACUGGUCAUUUGGCGGCCGAAACACACCCAUGCGGGGGGCUGUCUCUGUGUACAACUCAUCAUGCUAAUGAAUCUCCGAACUCCUCCCAACUAUAGUUCAUUUCUUCUCUUAUCUUGAUAUCUCAUUUUCUCCGUCUCUUACUCCCAACCUUUUGACGUUUUCUGAUUCCGGUCAUGCGCAAAUUUUUAGAUUACCCCUAUGUCAUAGUCAAAUGAUAUUUGGCUCGGUGUUCAGCUUGACUUCGGCGCUGAUGUGUGUGAACGGCACGGACUGCCUACGUAAGUUUUGUAGGUUCGGAAGCGAUAAACACUUGUUCUCGGAGGGGGGAAGAGCGGGAGAGAGGGGCGAUGUACAACACAUCUCAAUUAUGUGCGAACAAUUGUCCCAACAAUGAUAAAUUGUUGGAUCCCUCCGGCUGCUCGGCAGAGCAAAAGCGCACGCCAAAUGUUCUGCUAAAGAGCCACUUAUCCGGUGGUUUGGAAACAAGAUGAAAAAUGAGCAUUUCGAGCAGGACUCUUCUUCUUGUUCUUCUUUUCUUUUUGAGAAAUGAAAAAUGAAAAGAGGAUUGGGGGUGAUAUCAUCAAGGGGAAAUGUUGCUAGCAAACACCAAUCAAUCGUUUCAUUUCAGCCGUGACCGGAAACACGCCAGCAAAGCCGCCGCCAACAAUCGAGCAUGGUCACCAGAAUCAGACGCUCAUGGUCGGAUCCUCAGCCAUUCUGCCAUGCCAGGCAAGCGGAAAACCGACACCCGGAAUCUCUUGGCUCCGCGACGGAUUGCAUAUCGACAUCGCGGAUAGUCGCAUCAGUCAGCACUCCACCGGCAGUCUUCACAUCGCCGAUUUAAAGUGAGAGAACAACAACACGAGAUGUUGCAAGCAAACUAUAUUAUUUCAGGAAAUCCGACACCGGAGUGUACACUUGCAUCGCAAAGAAUGAGGACGGAGAAUCCACCUGGUCGGCAUCUCUAACCGUCGAAGAUCACACGAGUACUGCGCAAUUCGUGCGGAUGCCUGAUCCCUCUAACUUCCCGUCGGCUCCUACUCAACCCAUCAUUGUCAAUGUCACCGACACGGAAGUGGAACUGCGGUGGAGUGCACCAUCGACCUCUGGAUCGGGUCCGAUCACUGGUUACAUUAUCCAGUACUAUAGUCCCGAUCUUGGACAGACCUGGUUCAACAUUCCGGACUAUGUGGCCUCUACAGAGUACAGAAUCAAGGAUUUGAAGCCGUCGCAUUCGUAUAUGUUCGUGAUUCGAGCUGAGAACGAGAAAGGAAUCGGAACGCCGAGUGUGACUUCUGCACUUGUUACCACCAGCAAACCAGCGUCUCAAGUUGCCAUCUCCGAGAAGAAUAAGAUGGAUUUGGCGAUUGCGGAGAAGAAACUGACUUCGGAACAGCUCAUAAAGCUUGAGGAAGUCAAACCGAUCAAUUCUACUGCCGUCCGUUUAUUCUGGAAAAGAAGAAAGGUUGAGGAGCUCAUCGAUGGGUACUACAUCAAAUGGAGAGGACCGCCAAGAGCCAACGACAAUCAAUAUGUGAAUGUGACCAAUGCGAACACGGAAAACUAUGUUGUUGCCAAUUUGCUGCCUUUCACCAACUAUGAGUUCUUUGUGAUUCCAUAUCACUCUGGAGCCCACAGUGUUCACGGUGCGCCGAGUAAUUCCAUGGAUGCAUUGACUGAAGAGGCGCCGCCAUCGCUGCCCCCAGAGGAUGUCCGUAUCCGUAUGCUCAACCUGACCACUCUUCGUAUCUCUUGGAAGGCGCCGCGGGCGGACGGCAUCAACGGAAUUCUCAAAGGAUUCCAAAUUCUGAUUAUUGGUCAAACGCCAAACAACAACAAUAACAACCGGAAUAUCACGACGAACGAAAGAGCAGCAAGUGUGACUCUUUUCCAUUUGGUUACUGGAAUGACCUACAAAAUAAGAGUGGCUGCCAGAAGCAACGGCGGAAUUGGGGUCUCGCACGGAACUAGUGAAGUGACAAUGAGUAAGAAAGCUUCUAACAAACUUUGAUUGUCUAAUUAAUCCAUUUUCAGAUCAAGAAACCCUGGAGAAGCAUUUGGCCGCUCAACAGGAGAAUGAGUCCUUCCUGUAUGGUCUCAUCAACAAAUCACACGUCCCUGUGAUUGUGAUUGUCGCCCUUCUGAUUAUCUUGGUUGUCAUCAUCAUUGCCUACUGUUACUGGAGGAAUAGCAGGAACUUGGACGGAAAGGACCGAAGUUUUAUCAAGAUCAACGAUGGCAGUGUGCACAUGACCGCCAACAACAUGUGGGACGUGGCUCAGAAUCCAAACCAGAUGUACAAUACAACUGGACGGCUGACCAUGAACAAUAGGAACGGACAAGCCUUGUACUCGCUUACACCGAACGCGCAAGACUAUUUCAAUCCUUCCGAGGACUACAGCGGAACAAUGCAUCGUCCUGGCUCCGAGCAUCACUACCAUUAUGCCCAGUUGACGGGUGGACCCGGAAACCCGAUGUCUACAUUCUAUGGCAACCAGUACCAUGAUGACCCGUCGCCGUAUGCCACAACGACACUUGUUCUUUCCAACCAACAGCCAGCCUGGCUCAAUGACAAGAUGCUCCGUGCUCCCGCGAUGCCUACCAAUCCAGUCCCACCAGAACCACCGGCAAGGUAUGCGGAUCAGACGGCCGGAAGGAGAUCUCGAUCGAGUCGUGCUUCUGACGGACGCGCCACUCUCAACGGACUUCAUCACCGAACAAGUGGCAGUCAGCGAUCCGACAGUCCCCCUCACACAGAUGUGAGCUAUGUUCAGGUACCUUUAGGAUAGAUAGAUGUAACCGUUUUGAACUAACAUGUCACUAACUUUCUGCCCACCCAAAAUUCUCUUCAAAAAAUGCAUGUUUCAGUUGCAUUCGUCCGACGGAACUGGUAGCAGUAAAGAGAGGACAGGGGAACGAAGAACUCCGCCAAACAAGACGUUGAUGGACUUUAUCCCGCCGCCCCCGUCGAACCCACCACCUCCUGGAGGACACAUCUAUGACGUAUGCUGCAACGAAGAAUCUGUAUUCUCACACAAAAUCAGAACAUAUUUCAGACAGCCACCCGUCGACAGUUAAACCGAGGGAGCACUCCGCGGGAGGAGACCUACGAUUCGGUCAGCGACGGAGCAUUUGCCAGGGUCGAUGUGAAUGCGAGGCCCACGAGUCGGAAUCGGAAUCUAGGUAACACAUGAAUAGGACAGUAUUCUAAUAAAAACGUCAGUUUGUUUAGGAAUGCGACCGUUAAAAGGGAAGCGUGACGACGACAGUCAGCGCUCGUCGCUCAUGAUGGAUGACGAGGGCGGAUCAUCGGAAGCCGACGGAGAGAACUCGGAAGGAGAUGCCCCACGCGGAGCCGUCCGGAAAGCGGUCCCGAGGAUGGGAGUCUCUGCGAGUGCUCUUGCUCACAAUUGCUGUAAGUUUUGAAAUGUAUCAGUCAUUGUUUCACUGAUUUCUUUUAGACGGCAAUGGUGGCACGGCACAGCGCUUCCGUUCGAUGCAGCGAGGGAACGGAGUCUCGCAAGAACAGAUCUGA